GAAUCUUGCAAGAAAUAAUUUAACUGGAAAUCUUCCUUAUUCCAUUUCUGCCAUGCUUUCACUCAAUUAUCUGAAUGUAAGCAGUAAUGCGCUCUCCCAGAUGAUUGGUGACAUUUUUGCUACUCUUUCUGAUCUUGGGACCGUGGAUCUAUCAUUCAAUAACUUCUCUAUGGAGCUUCCUCCUUCAAUUGGUUCAUUGUCCAAACUUUCUUCUCUCUUCUUGCAGAAUAACCAGUUGACUGGCUCUCUUAACGCUCUUGUUGGUUUGCCUUUGGAUACUUUAAAUGUUGCAAACAAUAAUUUCAGUGGAUCAAUACCUCAUGAGCUUAGUUCCAUCCAUAAUUUCAUAUAUGAUGGAAAUUCUUUUGACAAUGGUCCUGCUCCUCAUCCGCCAGCAUCCACUUCACCUCCACCUACUGGAUCUAGUAGUAGUCAUCAUCAUUCUGCAUCUGGUUCACAUAAUAAAACUCGGGGUUCUGCUAAAGAAAAUUCUGAUGGCCAUAAGGGUUUGACUGCGGGGGCCAUUGUAGCAAUUACUCUAGGUUCAGCGUUGGGGGCUGUUAUUGUGCUACUUGCACUUGUUUUUUGUAUCCGGAAGCAAAAACGGAAGGAAAAGGGUGCAAGAACUUCUAAUGGGAGCCUUCCUCUUGGAAUUACUAAUGGUGAACCUCAGAUGCAAGAGCAAAGGGUAAAAAGUGCUGCUGUUAUUAAAGAUCUCAACCCUCGUCCUGCUGAAAAUGUGACAAUUGAGAGGGUACCUGUAAAAAGUGGAUCUGUAAAGCAGAUGAAGUCCCCUAUAACUUCCACACCAUACACAGUUGCUGCUCUCCAAAGCGCAACAAAUAGCUUUAGUCAAGAAUUUAUUAUUGGUGAAGGUUCUCUUGGUAGAGUUUACAAGGCUGAUUUCUCCAAUGGAAAGAUAAUGGCGGUUAAGAAGAUCGACAACUCGGCACUGUCACUACAGGAGGAAGACAAUUUUCUUGAAGCUGUUUCAAAUAUGUCACGCUUGCGGCACCCAAACAUUGUUACACUGAGUGGAUAUUGUGCUGAGCAUGGCCAACGGCUUCUAGUUUAUGAGUAUAUAGAAAAAGGGAAUCUGCAUGACAUGCUUCAUUUUGCUGAAGAUAGCAGUAAAGCUUUAUCUUGGAAUGCCCGUGUACGCAUAGCACUUGGCACAGCCCGGGCUUUAGAGUACUUGCAUGAAGUGUGCUUACCUUCUGUUGUACAUAGAAAUUUCAAAUCAGCAAAUAUAUUACUUGAUGAGGAGCUCAAUCCUCACCUGUCUGAUUGUGGUUUAGCUGCUCUAACACCAAACACCGAGCGGCAGGUUUCAACUCAGAUGGUCGGUUCAUUCGGUUAUAGUGCUCCGGAGUUUGCACUGUCAGGAGUAUACACUGUAAAAAGUGAUGUUUACAGCUUUGGGGUGGUUAUGCUGGAACUAUUGACAGGUCGGAAGCCGCUUGACAGUUCAAGGGUUAGAUCAGAGCAAUCACUAGUGAGAUGGGCAACACCUCAGCUCCAUGAUAUAGAUGCCUUGGCCAAAAUGGUUGAUCCUUCUUUGAAUGGCAUGUAUCCUGCAAAGUCACUGUCACGCUUUGCUGAUAUCAUUGCCCUCUGUGUUCAGCCUGAACCUGAAUUUCGACCUCCCAUGUCUGAGGUGGUGCAAGCAUUGGUACGGUUAGUGCAAAGAGCAAGUGUGGUUAAAAGGCGACCCAGUGACGAAUCUGGUUUUGGUCACAAGACCCCAGACCAUGAGGCCAUAGACAUGUCAUUUUAAAUGUUUGAGCCUCUCGUCUUUCGCAAUUUUGUUUAAUGGGGUGCACUUGUCCGCCUAAAAGAAUUUAUACAACACAGG